GUGAGCAAAAAUUAUGUGCACACGGAACCCCGUUAUGUCCAGUCUCUACUCAAGGAUUUUUAUUUAAGCUGAACUCGGGAUCAGCUAAAACCGGCUCAUGACCCCUCUCCUUUUCUCUGCUACGACUCAUGCAGAUCCUUAAAAAUAAGCGAGUAAAGUUGACUUCUCUGUUUCUUCUCUUUAAACAUAAAGUUUUCUUUGUUACAUUUGUUACAUUUUAAUUUCAAAAAUUUGAUUUUAAAAUGAAAAAAUCAGUGAGUGGAAGCUUGAAAGAGGAUACUAAGCAGAAUGAAUCAGAUAGUAAUAAGAAACUACUGCCCAUUGAGGGCCCCUCCACUUCUAAUAGUGCCGAGCAUACCUCAUUUCCAUUGCAGCCUUUACUAAAUCAACCAAGACAGCCAACUAACUUGCAAGGAUUGCUUAAAUAUGCGAUAGAUGUAGCACAGUUUGAGAAUGUGGAGAACAAAUCACAAAUUUAUCCUUUGGAUGAAGAAAAGAAAACAUUCUUAAGCAACGCUUUAUCAUCAUUAACAGUGAAUUUAAUAGAAGAGUUACAGGAAGAUAUACAAACUUUAUCUGGAAUUAUUAAUCUAAAACCUGAUGGGGAUUCAUUAGUAUAUGAAAAUGCACUUAAAAGAAUUAGUCAUCAUAUAGAUAACAUUGACAUAGCCAAUGAUUUUUAUAAAAUUGGAGGCUUUUCAAUAUUUCAAAUAUGCUUGAACUGUUCACAUAGUAAUAUAAGAUGGAGGAUAGCAGAUAUUAUUGCUGAAUUAGCACAAAAUAACCCAUUUUGCCAAGAAAAAAUACUAGAAGCUGGAUUAUUUCCUAUAUUGUUGUCAAUGAUUGACACAGAUCUAUCAGAAUUUACAAGAAUAAAAGCUCUCUAUGCAAUAUCAUGUAUAGUUAGAGAAAAUCCAACAUCAUUAAAAUAUAUGGAAAUAAACGAUGGUUAUUCAGUACUUCUGCGAGCAUUACAGAGCCCAGUUGAAAAGCUACAAAUAAAAUCUGCAUUUUUACUUUCUAAUUUGUGUAAUAAGGAAAACUCUAAUGAUAUAAAAUAUAUCUUAGUAAAAAUGGGUUUCAUUGAGCAAGCAGUUGGACUAUUGUCUAGAUAUAAUUUGCAGCUACAAAUUAGAGAACAAUUAUUGAGAAUGUUAUGUAGUAUGAUAAAUGAUGACUUUUUACCAGCUUUGGAGCAACUUCGACAGCCCCAAUUACGUUUGAGAUUUACUUUAGAUUUCUUAUUAGAUGAUUUUAAAAACAAUCAGAAUGGGAGAUCUGAAGACAAUCAAGAUGAAAAAGAAAUGUGUAUUAAACUACUGGAAAAAGUAUUUCCGGAAUCUGAUAACAAUCAAGAGAGAUAACAAAUUUAAACUUAUAUUUAUACUUAUUUAUGUAAUUUUUCUUUUAAGUAAUGAAUAACAGGUAUUAUGAUGAAUAUUGAACAUUUUAAUUUUGUGUUAUAAAUUUAAAUAAUUUUGAAUCCAUGUAACAAUUAAAACUUGAUUGUCUUUAAAUUUUUUACUGUUUUGUAUGUAACUAUAGCACAGAACGUUUAUGAUGUGAAUAAACAUACUUGUUUAUUUAGUGUUAGAAAUAUAGUAUCAAGCAAUGCGUUCAAUUAAUCUUUAAACAGACACAUAUUCCAUACUACACAUUUGUAUAUUCCACACUGAGAGAAAAUUAUAGUUGCUUUCAGCGUUAA